CGUCUGGCAGGGCUGCGAGGCGGGCCGCGCUGGGCCGGGCCGGGCCGGGCGGCGGCGCGAUGUGGAGCGGCCGCAGCUCCUUCACCAGCCUGGUCGUGGGCGUGUUCGUGGUGUACGUGGUGCACACCUGCUGGGUCAUGUACGGCAUCGUCUACACCCGCCCGUGCUCCGGCGACGGAAACUGCAUCCAGCCCUACCUGGCACGGAGGCCCAAGCUGCAGCUCAGUGUGUACACCACCACGCGGUCCAGCCUGGGCGCCGAGAACCACGUGGAUCUGGUCUUGAGCGUGGAGGACUUUGACGUGGAGUCCAAAUUCGAAAGGACCGUCAAUGUCUCUGUCCCCAAGAAAACCAGGAACAAUGGGACGCUGUACGCCUACGUCUUCCUCCACCACGCAGGCAUCCUGCCCUGGCGCGACGGCAAGCAGGUGCACCUGGUGAGCCCGCUCACCACAUACAUGGUCCCCAAACCGGAGGAGGUCAAUCUGCUCACGGGCGAGUCUGCCACGCAGCAGGUCGAGGCCGAGAAGAGGCCGUCGAAUGUGCUGGACGAGCCCGUCUCUCACUGGAGGCCGAGGCUGACCCUGAACGUGAUGGUGGAUGACUUCGUCUUCGACGGGGCCGCCCUGCCCGCCGACGUGCACCGCUACAUGAAGAUGAUCCAGUUGGGGAAGACGGUGCACUACCUGCCCAUCCUGUUCAUCGACCAGCUCAGCAACCGCGUGAAGGACCUCAUGGUCAUCAACCGCUCCACCGCCGAGCUGCCGCUCACGGUGUCCUACGACAAGAUCUCGCUGGGGCGGCUGCGCUUCUGGAUCCACAUGCAGGAUGCCGUGUACUCGCUGCAGCAGCUCGGCUUUUCGGAGAAGGACGCUGACGAGGUGAAGGGCAUUUUCGUGGACACCAACCUGUACUUCCUGGCGCUGACCUUCUUCGUGGCCGCGUUCCACCUGCUUUUUGAUUUCCUGGCGUUUAAAAACGACAUCAGCUUCUGGAAGAGAAAGAAGACCAUGAUUGGCAUGUCCACCAAAGCAGUGCUCUGGCGCUGCUUCAGCACCGUGGUCAUCUUCCUGUUCCUGCUGGACGAGCAGACGAGCCUGCUGGUGCUGGUCCCCGCGGGCAUCGGGGCCGCCAUCGAGCUGUGGAAGGUGAAGAAGGCCUUGAAGAUGAGCGUGGUUUGGAGAGGCCUGAGGCCCGCCUUUCAGUUCGGCUCGUCCAGUGAAUCCGAGAGGAAGACGGAGGAGUACGACACGCAGGCCAUGACGCUCUUGUCCUACCUCCUCUACCCGCUGUGCGUCGGAGGCGCCGUCUACUCCCUGCUUAACGUCAAGUACAAAAGCUGGUACUCCUGGCUCAUCAACAGCUUCGUCAACGGGGUCUACGCGUUCGGCUUCCUGUUCAUGCUGCCCCAGCUCUUCGUGAACUACAAGAUGAAGUCGGUGGCGCACCUGCCCUGGAAAGCCUUCACCUACAAGGCCUUCAACACCUUCAUUGACGACGUGUUCGCCUUCGUCAUCACCAUGCCCACCUCCCACCGGCUGGCCUGCUUCAGGGACGACGUGGUGUUUCUCGUGUACCUGUACCAGCGAUGGCUUUAUCCCGUGGAUAAGAGCAGGGUGAACGAGUUCGGGGAGUCGUACGAGGAGAGCCCCCCGCGGAAGCCCCACACAGACUGAGCGCCCCACUGGCGCUGCUCGUGGCCGCCUGGCGGAGCCUCGCGUGUCGACCGAGUAUUUUGGACACUUUGGUGGAACUUCCGGGCGUCCCAUCCUCUGCGUUGCCAAAACCUCGGGAGGCCCCUCGCGCCCCCGGUCCCCUCGCGCCGUGAUCGGGAUCAGGAGGCGUUGCGGGCGCGGGGGCCUCGCCCACAGGACCCGUGUCACGGCGUCUAAAAGUGCCCCUCGAAGGAAAGUCCGACGCCUCUGAGUCCGUUCCGUGUAGACUCUGGGGUCACGCGGCUUUUUUCCUUUUUGUUUAAAAUUUGACAAUUUUAAAGCUUAAUGUAUGUACGUUUCUAUUUUAAAAUAAAUUUCUCCGGCUGUAA